AUGAACACUAGCAAUACGCCUGGACCAACUCCGGGCGAGACCUUGCCUGGAUUCCUUCAGACUGGCGUCGCCGGGCUCCCUUGGGGCCCGGUGCUUGUUGCUCUCCUCGUUCUCACCAUCUGCACUUGGCGUUUCUUCCCCUCUUCUGACCGCGUCUCAGCUCCGUUUGCCGGGUUUCGCUCAUCGCUUGAGCCAGGCUUCAUUACUCGGCUGCGUUUCGCAACGGGGGCGUCUGGCAUCAUCGGCGAGGGAUACUCCAAAUGGAAGGACUCGAGGUUCCGAAUCUCGCGGACCGAUGGCGACUUGCUUGUUGUAUCGCGCAAGUAUCUAGAUGAACUGCACAACAUGCCGCUUGACCGGUUGAGUUCGAUCAAGGGGUUGGUCAAAAACUUUGGCGGUCACUACAGCGGGAUUGGACUUCUUGCUGAGAGUGAUAUUGGAACCCGCGCUCUUCAGUCGAAAAUCACGCCCAACUUGGCUAAGUUAUCCGACGCCAUGAGAGAAGAGCUCGAAUACGCGCUGCAGAAAGAGGUCCCUAGCUGCGCAGACUGGACAUCGGUCUCCAUUCAGCCAAUGCUGCUGAAUAUUGCUGUCCAAAUCUCGCAGCGCGUCUUGAUAGGACUGCCGCUCUGUCGUAAUCGGGAAUGGCUCGACGCGGCCUCGACGCAUUCGCACAACGUGACCAUGACGCAAAUGGCGAUGCGCACCGUUCCCCCAGUCCUGCGACCGCUCCUCGACCUCGUGCUUCCGACAGCUUGGAGAUACAAGGCCGCUGUGCGCCGUGGCAAGGAAAUCAUCAUCCCGGAGAUCCAACGCCGGCGACAACUCGAGGAGACUGACACCGGCUACGUGAAGCCGGUUGACCUGCUGCAAGGAAUGAUGGACUUGGCCGCACCAGGCGACAAAGAAAGUGAGGCCGAGAACCUGGCCCAUCGACAGCUCCUCGUGACUCUGGUCGCCGGCCACAGUACCGCGGCGGCUGGCUCGCACGCCCUGCUUGAUGCCGUUGCGCAGCCUCACUAUUUGAACGAGUUGCGCAGCGAGGCUCUCCAGGUCUUGCAGGAGGAGGGCGGCGAGUGGAAGAGACAGUCGGUGAGCAAGUUGUGGAAGAUGGACAGCUUCCUCCGAGAAUCUCAAAGACUGAGCCCGCCCAGUCUGUUGGGCUUCCACCGCGUCGUCCAGGACCCAACGGGCAUCACCCUCCACGACGGCGUCCACCUCCCCCACGGCACGCACAUCUGCAUGGCGCCACACUCCGUCUCGAGCGACCCAGCCAUCGUCCCCAAGCCCGACGUCUUCGACGGGCUCCGCUACUACGAGCGGCGGCGGAAGAACCCCGACGAGGCGACGAGGCACCAGCACGCCACCGCCGACAAGGACCACCUGCACUUUGGGUACGGCACGUGGUCCUGCCCGGGCCGCUUCCUCGCCUCGGCCGAGCUCAAGAUGAUUCUCGUCGAGCUGCUGCUGCGGUACGAGUUCAAGUAUCCCAAGGGCAGCAGCCGGCCCAAGAACCGGAAUAUCGAGGAGUUUCCAUACGUGGACACGGACACGCCGUUGCUGAUGAGGCGCCGCGGGCAGGUGGAGGACGAAGAAGGGCUGCUGAUGGCUGCUCGGGGGAAGAAGUGA